AUGUCGUUGUCCGACGGAGCUAAGGAGAUUGUUCAACGUCAUUGUGAUGGGCAGCCCGGCCUGGUUGAGAAGGUCACUGCAGAGCUUGAGAAGGAGAACGUGCUACAAGUAAUGAUGUUGUCUAACCUGACCGAUGCGCAAGUGGAAACUCUGGUUACCGGCAUAGCCACGGACGAGUUGAAAGAUAAGAAGAUAAUGGUCGGUUGUGCAUUGAGAUCGUGCGUGAAGGAUGCUGGUUUCCAAGUUGACUUAUUCGCUGCAGGCCAAAAGGCUCUCCCUCUAGCUCGCAAUGUACUUAGUUCUACAGCUCAGGGAUCUAAGACCGACCUGUCUGCCACUUCUCUAUCGGCGAUAGUUCGCAGGUCCUUCUUCAUAGCAAGCCAAGUUCGCCUCGGCAACUUGGCUUUCUUCUUCGCCUCUCUAGCUCUCUUGGCUACGUGGAACCAGCAGGAGAUCACACGGGGCGCUCCAGACGUUUCGUAA